GAUACUCAUUACUAAAUUGUGUAUUAAUUAGACUUGUAUGCAUGGCACUUUUGACCACUUUGAGAAAAUCAUUCUUCCGCCAGCAAUGCUACAUCCUCUACCAUUGCAUUUUGUUGUUUGUUUAAUUUGGUUGAUGAUUUGUCUACUUUGGCAUCUUCCCUUUUAUGAUUUGAUUUUUGUGGAUCUACAAGAUAUAUAUUUCUAUGCAUACUGAUUAGUGUUGACAAAUCGUGCUGCUGGACGGUGGGCAAGUAUUCUUGAAUAGCCGCGACAAUUUUGGAAAAAAAAUAUUCACGUGUCGCAAAAAUUUCAUAUGGUGGGGCAGCAACACAGAAUAGGAGUAACAGGCAACCGCUCAGUCCACAUCUCAAAUCUUUCUUUCCUCCUUGAUCGCAUCGCACAUCAUUGACCAGUCCACUUGAUUAAAUAAACCAAGACGCAUCCAUAAAAUAUUUUAAUGGAGCUAUCGUAGAGGAUUUUUUACCAAACUCCGAUCAAUCAAUGUUGACUGUUGAAACAAUAAUGGACGCUUUAAGGUUUUAAUCUUGCUGUGAAAGAGAAAAGACAACUGUUGCGAGCGAAGCUUUCUGAGAUUCUUACAGAUCCCAAAUUUGUGGGGAUUAGAGAUUUAUACGGUUCUUUCGUUGCGGUUCAUCCUCAUCCUCAAUAUUUAAUCGGGAACAGAGAGUCGUGGUGGGGUACACUGGCUGUGUUUGAUAGUAUAUUAGAAGAAGUGGGAGAAGAAGAGGAGACGGAGUGGCUCUUGCGAGAGGAGGAAGACAACAGUGAGAUAACCAUGCAGGGAGUUGGCGACGUGGGUGGACGUCCCCGGAAGUUCCACGACGAGGAAAGGUUGGGCGAUGACGUUCCCGAAACUGCCCAUCAAAUUAGUACCGAUUCAUGGUUUCAGGCGGGGUUUGUGCUGACCACUGGAGUUAACAGUGUUUAUGUGUUGGGAUAUUCUGGGACCAUCAUGGUCCCUCUUGGUUGGAUUGGAGGUGUUGUUGGAUUAAUUUUAGCAACUGCAAUAUCAUUGUAUGCAAAUACUCUUGUUGCCAAGCUACAUGAAUUUGGGGGAAAGAGGCAUAUCAGGUACAGAGAUCUUGCAGGAUAUAUAUAUGGUAAGAAUGCUUAUAGAAUAACAUGGGCAUUGCAAUAUGUUAAUCUUUUCAUGAUUAACAUUGGAUACAUCAUUCUGGCUGGUUCUGCCUUAAAGGCUGUUUAUCACCUUUUCAGGGAUGACCAUGUCAUGAAGCUUCCAUAUUUUAUUGCUAUUGCUGGAGUUGUAUGCGCUUUGUUUGCCAUAGCAACACCUCAUUUGUCAGCUUUAAGGAUAUGGCUGGGAUUUUCAACAUUUUUGAGCCUGGUGUAUAUCAUUGUGGCAUGUGUGCUCUCAGCUAAGAAUGGAAUCGAUUCACCACCAAGAGAUUAUAGUAUAUCAGGGUCAACCUGGAGCAGAAUUUUUACGACUAUAGGAGCAGCUGCAAAUCUUGUCUUUGCAUUCAAUACAGGAAUGCUUCCAGAAAUACAGGCAACAGUGAGGAAGCCUGCAGUGAAAAACAUGCUAAAAGCUCUAUACUUCCAGUUCACCGUUGGUGUUUUGCCAAUGUAUGCUGUUACAUUCAUUGGAUACUGGGCUUAUGGAUCUUCAACAUCAACCUAUCUGCUCAAUAGCGUAAAAGGUCCAGUCUGGUUGAAAGCAUUUGCCAACAUUUCUGCCUUCCUGCAAUCAGUCAUUGCUUUACAUAUAUUUGCUAGUCCGACAUAUGAGUAUUUGGACACCAAGUUUGGAAUCACAGGAAGUCCAUUCGCAAUUAAAAACUUGUCAUUCAGACUAGCAGCAAGAGGUGGCUAUCUUGCAAUAAGCACACUAGUCGCUGCUCUUUUGCCGUUCCUCGGAGAUUUUGAGAGCCUAACAGGGGCUUUAAGCACAUUCCCUCUUACGUUUAUCCUUGCAAACCACAUGUACCUAGUAGCAAAUAAGAACAAACUGACCUCAUUGCAAAAGCUCUGGCAUUGGCUCAAUGUGUGUUUCUUUGGCCUCAUGUCUGUUGCAGCAGCAGUUUCAGCUUUAAGGCUCAUAGCUGUGGAUUCUAAAACGUAUAGUUUAUUUGCUGAUUUAUGAUGAGCUUCAUAGCUUAUUUGGUUUGAGAGAAGAGGAGCAGAGGAAAAAAUAUUAUAAUUAAUUAAAUUAUUUUGUUGAUCCAACAAUUUGAUUUAAUUUAUAGAAAUAAAGUUCCUUUCCUUCUCAUUCCCUCCUCUCCAUUUUUCUCAAACCAAACAAGUUAUCAAUAUCAUAUAUUUAUUUUAUGUACCUAAAGUCUAAACCACUCCGUGGGUUUUUUCAAACUUAAUAAUAUUUUGCCAAAGCA